CUGACAUGUUCUUAUUGGUGAAAGAACUGUUUUCACUAUCAUCAACUGUCUGAAUGCUGAGUGCCUCCCGCCCUGGCCACUGCCCUAUACCUUGCAAGGUGUUUACAAGUGAAGUAAGAACCUUGUUGAAGGCACCCUGUGAAUAUAAUGACCCUAAGUGCACUCAGGAACUGAGCAAAUGAGAUAGAAACAUGGCAUUUUUUAUACUACUUACCUGCUUUCUGAUUAUUCUUCAUGCUUCUCAGCUUUGCCAGACCCCUGAUGACUUUGUGGCUGUCACUUCUCCAGGACAUAUCAUGAUUGGAGGUUUAUUCCCCAUUCACGAAAAAAUGAUGUUCUCAGAAGACCACCCCAGAAGGCCACAAAUCGAGAAAUGCAUUGGCUUUGAAAUAUCAGUCUUUCUUCAAACUCUUGCCAUGAUACACAGCAUUGAAAUGAUCAAUAAUUCCACAUUAUUAUCUGGAAUCAAAUUGGGGUACGAAAUUUAUGACACUUGUACAGAAGUCACAGCAGCCAUGGCAGCUACACUGAGGUUGCUUUCUACACUCGGCUCCUCCAGAGGCUCUCUGGAGUUUCAGUGUGACUAUUCCAGCUACAUACCAAGAGUUAAGGCUGUCAUAGGUGCUGGCUACUCAGAAAUAACCAUGGCUGUCUCCAGGACAUUGAACCUACAGCUCAUGCCACAGGUGAGUUAUGAAUCAACUGCAGAAAUCCUAAGUGACAAAAUUCGUUUUCCUUCAUUUUUACGGACUGUGCCCAGUGACUUCCAUCAAACUAAAGCAAUGGCCCAACUAAUUCAAAAAUCUGGAUGGAACUGGAUUGGUGUCAUAACCACAGAUGAUGACUAUGGACGACUGGCUCUGGAUGCAUUUGCAGUUCAGGCUGCAGCAAAUAAAGUGUGCAUAGCUUUCAAGGAGGUUCUCCCAGCUUUCCUCACUGAUAAGACCAUCGAAAUCAGGAUCAAUGAGACACUUGAAAAAAUCAUUACAGAAGCCCAGGUUAAUGUCAUUGUGGUAUUUCUGAGGAAAUUCCAUGUUUUCAAUCUCUUCAACAAAGCCAUUGAAAGGAAUAUAAAUAAGAUGUGGAUUGCUAGUGAUAAUUGGUCAACUGCUACCAAGAUUAUCACCAUUCCCAACGUUAAAAAGAUUGGCAAAGUUGUGGGAUUUGCCUUUAGAAGAGGGAAUAUGUCCUCUUUCUAUUCCUUUCUUCAAACUCUCCAUAUGUAUCCCAGUGACAACAAGCUCUUCUAUGAAUACGCCAUGCUUUCUUCUGCCUGUGAACAGGUCAAAGACAGUGAUUUGAGUCAAUGCAUUUCUAACCAUUCUCAUGAGAUGUUGACAUACGAGGGCCACAAGGCUGUAGGAAGGAACUUGCUCUUGAGGAAUGACUUCCUCUGGCGUUACGCGGAGCCAGGACUCCUUCGCAGUGUUCAGCUUGCCGUGUUUGCACUUGCUUACGCUAUCCGGGAUCUGUGCCAAGAUCGAGACUGUCGGAACCCCAAUGCCUUUCAACCAUGGGAGUUACUUGAUGUGCUGAAAAAUGUAACAUUCACUGAUGGAAGGAAUUCUUUUCAUUUCAACACCCAUGGAGACUUGAACACUGGAUAUGAUGUUGUGCUGUGGAAAGAGACCAACGGCCAGAUGACUGCCACCAAGAUGGCAGAAUAUGACUUACAGGAUGAUGUCUUUGUCCUUGAAAGUGAAGAAACAAAAAAGGAAUUCAGGAAACUUAAGCAAAUUCUAUCUAAAUGUUCCAAGGAAUGCAGCCCAGGACAAAUGAAGACGAGCACAAGAAGCCAACAUACCUGCUGCUAUGACUGUGUGAGCUGCCCCGAAAAUCAGUACAGCAAUCAGACAGACAUGGAUCACUGCCUCCUGUGCAACAGUGAAACUCACUGGGCCCCUGUGAGGAGCACCACGUGUUUUGAGAAGGAGGUAGAGUUCCUCAACUGGGGCGAUGCCUUGGCUGUCCUACUAGUGGCCUUCUCCCUUCUGGGAAUCGCCUUUGUCCUGGCCAUUGGCAUAAUAUUUACACGAAACCUGAACACACCUGUUGUGAAAUCUUCCGGGGGAUUACUGCUCAGCUACGUGAUCCUCCUCUGCCAUUUCCUCAACUUCGUCAGCACUGGCUUCUUCAUCGGAGAACCACAAGACUUCGCAUGUAAAACCAGGCAGAUGAUAUUUGGCGUGAGCUUUACUCUGUGCAUCUCCUGCAUUUUGAUGAAGUCCCUGAAAAUUCUGCUGGCGUUCAGCUUUGACCCCAAGUUGCGGAACUCCCUGAAGUGUCUCUAUAAACCGGUCCCCAUCAUCAUCACGUGCACUGGAAUCCAGGUCCUCAUCUGCACCCUCUGGCUCACCUUCGCAGCUCCUGUGGUGGAGGAGAAUGUGUCCUUGCCCAGGGUCAUCAUCCUGGAAUGCCACGAGGGGUCUGUGCUGGCACUUGGUACCAUGCUGGGCUACAUUGCAGUCCUGGCCUUCUUUGGCUUCAUAUUUGCUUUCAAAGGCAGGAAGUUACCUGAGAAUUACAACGAAGCCAAAUUCAUAACCUUUGGCCUGCUCAUCUGCUUCAUAGCAUGGGCCACUUUCAUCCCUGUCUAUGCUACCACAUUUGGCAAGUAUCUGCCUGCUGUGGAGAUCAUUGUCAUCUUAAUAUCCAACUAUGGGAUCCUGUGUUGCACAUUCUUCCCCAAAUGCUAUGUCAUUCUUUGCAAACAAGAGACUAACACAAAGUCAGCCUUUCUCCAGUUAGUUUACAGCUACUCUUCACACAGUGCUGACAGCCUCACUGUGAGUCACACUUCCCUGGACUCGACCAACAGCAGCAUCUUGGUGACCCAUGCCAGCCCUGGUGGCAAGUGUGCAGCCUGGAGGAGAAGCAAAGACCUUCAGGCACAAGCCCUUGCACACUUAUGCAGAGAAAAUGCUGCAAAAAUGUCUAAAACUUGGCUUCAGAAGAGAAGUUCAAGUAUAUGAGCGAGCCCUUAGGAGAUGGCACUCUCCAGAGUGCAGUGUUGGCAGGGACUUGGUCCUAAGCUAUGCAGUUGGUCUCCCAGCAAAUUCAUCUCAUGUACCUCUUCUCUGCAGCCACCUUCACCAGACUGUGAUUGAAUAUUCACUCUGUCCAGCCACCUGUUCAUGAAGUAAAGAGAGCCUCCAUUCUGAAAUUCCCUUCAUGCUUACCACUACCGUCAGUCUCUACCUCAGCCCUCCUUCCUCUUAGGCACGCUUACAUCCAAAGUUAACCCAUAAUGCAUCACCCUCACUCUCCACUUCUCAAACCUCUGCAUGGCUCCUCUUCUCUUAAGCACCUUUACCCACCCAUUCCACUGGCCACUGAGUGGCCCAAGCAGUGAACCAUUCUUGACCUUAAGAGCUCAAAUUCUAGCGGGGGAGAAUCACAUCAUUCUUCAGCAUGGGGUGUCUACCAUUAUAAUGUUAUAGGACACUUAGCCCCCCUGUGGAAAGGAAGGUUCAGGAGAAGGCUAAACGAUGGGUGUGACGUUUAGGAGGAUCCCUGGGAGAUGCGUAGGAGCUAGCUCCUCACAGUACAAAAAGUUGUUCUAGAUGACCAGGAGAAGCAGCAACAAAAGGGCAACAGGAAGGGGUUUCCAGGGCUGUAGUCCCUUGGCAUUCCUGGAGAGGAGCCUGCCUGGUAUGCAUGUGUAAGUGGUGAGGGUCCUUGCUAAGGAGCUUGGGUCUUUAUCUGUGGGAGUGGGUGGCCUCAAGGUGGAAGGCAGCACAAAGCUGGAGGCUGGGAUCUCCUUAGGAAAGGGUUAGGCUGCGUCCCAGGGGCUUAGAAGAGAGAAUAUGAGCAGGUAGCCAAGCUCUAGAAGGGGUGGCCAUUUAUUUAAAGUGCUUGCUGGAGGGUGAGUUAUUGAGAGGUGAUAUGAAACGCAGAAGGAAGAACUGGUUUCUUUAUAUUGGAAUAUAAGGUGACAUGUUGGGUUUGAGGUGGCUACAGUGAUUCCAAGGUGUACCAAAUGUUGCUAUGGACACAAGACUGUGCUCAGAGGGCCAGGGCUGGUAACAAGGGUUUGGAUAUAAUGUUCACAUCUCUCCUUUUCUUUUGAAACAGAUAAACAUGCAAAUUAGCUUUCUCCCCAACCCUGACUUUCUUUUUAGGUACUGCGACUUGUCUUUCUUUUAGAAUUGAAUGUGUAAAGGAAUAAUGUGAUAAGUGGCAUUUGGUUAGGUGUUAGUGACCUGUUGGUUCUGAGGCCACUGAAGUCUGCUGUCUACUGGACCACCUGUUGAAGUAGUUCAAAGAACAGUCAUCAUGACUCCGUCUCAAAUUUAAUUACAGUCUUAGGUGCUCAUCUCCCUUGCAUCCUAAUGGCAUUUAGUCUUAAUUCUUCCCUAUAUAAAUGCCUCAGUUCCCUUCAUGAGUUCAGAUGAGCCAGAAUUCUCCAGUACCCUGACCAUUCAGUGUCUCCUUUGCUGGUUUGUCUUCCUUAACCUCUCCCUACCGUGGGGCGUUCUGCAGAGCUCUAAGUUUUGCCAGCGUCUCUCUUCUCUCAGCUACCGUCUCAUGCAGUGUAACCCACCUCCACGUCUGCAUUUGACCCAGGUAACUCCCCAGACCACAUCUCCAGCCCGGGACCCUCCAGACAGCCCGCCCACCUGGCCCCUACGUCCACUCACCCUGAAUGGAACCAUUUCUCUUUGCUCCUCCUCCUCAGGGAGCUGCUCACCUUUGGCUGACUGGGACCUGGGACUCACUCGCAACGCCCUCGCUUUCUUCACCCUUCCACACCUUUAAUUUCUCAUAUUGUUUUACUUUGUGAUUCUUCCAAAACUAUCAUGAUCCCCUCUUUCAUCCCAUUCGUAACCUGGGCCUUUGUCACCUCUUUCAUGCAUUGUUACAACAGUCUCCUAAUUUAACUCUGGUCUCAAAUAUUUUACUCUAAACAAAGAGCAGUUCUUAAUAAACUUUCUAUUUACUUCCGCUGGACCUGUUUUCAUAGGGGGAAGAACUCUUCCUGCUACUCAGUUAUUUUAAAAACUUGCAAGAAGCCAGCUCCUUAUGCUGAUGCCCAAGCUUUUCGAGCCCAGCUCCAGCUGCUCACCCUUCGGCUCCACGCUUUGCUCUUCAGAAAGGGCGAGCUGCGAGCAAUCACCCCGCACUGUGCUGCACUUGAGCCAGAGCUUCCGAGUCCUCCCACCCUGCGUCCUCCCCAGACUCUUCAGCUGACCCAAGGACUUCCUCUUCUGUAAAGUCUGUCUCCCUGCGUUUGUGAUGGCACUCAUUACACCUCAUUGCAUUCAUCUGUGUUCCUCUUAAUUUGCUCAGCUAACACUGAAUUGAGCACCUAUACAUACAAAGUCUGUGUCUGUGCACAAGGAAUAUUAAAGAAAAGAAAAGGUAAAAAGAGCUGGAGUGUGUCAGUGCCAGGACUCUGGGUGCAGCCCUAGUACUGCAGGGGAGGAUUGCUAAGGGGAGAAAAUAUUUGGACCCACAUGAGAAUAUUAAUAAAUGGCUACUAUGUUUGUGAUUUCACCAACUCUGUUGAUAUGAAAACAGUUUCUCCUAUUGACAAGAGGGCAAAGUUGCAGGAAAGCUUCCAGAUCCUAGAGCAUAGUCACACAAAACAAAACUCCCAGUUCUGUUGUGCCAAUAGAGUAACAAAAGAAACAUUGUUUCAUAAGAGUCCAGAAGAAACCAAUGCCACUCAGUGUAAGAAAUUACAUUCUGACCUUUUUGAAGCCAAAACUACGUUCUUGCCAUCAGGUAAAGCAUAGCAAGUAAGAGAAUGACUAUUUUAAAUUUUCUUUUAAGUUUUGAAACUCUUAAAUUCAAUUGGAUAUAAUAAAUUAAGUGAUUAUUUUUACUCUUUGUGGAAUAAAGGGUUUUAAAUAGUAAAAUAAAAACAAUCCAAAAGAACACACAAAGUAGUACCCAUGACUCCACCCAACAGGACCCUCCAGUACAAAGUAUCCAACACUUUACAGAUUGUCUUGGUAAAGUACAAAUCAGGAUUCAGAGAUUUUGCAAAGGUUAAGACACACUGAUUUAGAGGAAAACAUUGAGCAUUCAGUGUCAUAUUACUCAUAUAAUAUCCCCUUCCUUUCCCACAGAGAAACACACAGUGAAAUACUUUAUUGUUAGAAUUCAGGGUGGGGGAUAACAUACCUUGUACCCACAGACUUUAUUGUAGGAUGACAUCAAAAGCUCCUCAGCUCAAGUUGUAAGAGUUUUAAGAGCAAAGUCCAAGUGUGGUUGUCAACUAUGUACCCUGAGUUUAAUAAAUGUUGA